UCGCUCCCCUGUCAGAAGGGCGUCCAGCAUGCGGCUGCGCGGGUCCCCAGUAAUCGGCGCUACCGCCUUCCUGCUGUGCUACGGCGCGCUGUUGGCCGGCGGCGUCCUGCUGACCGGCGUGGCGGACGACGACGGCGACGGCGACGACUCCACGAGUCCGCAGUUGCCGGACGAGACGUCGUGGAACAACACCGUCCGCAUGUCGGUGCUGCUGCCGGGCAACUCGUCGUACCUGUUCUCGCUCGCGCGAGUGCGGCCCGCCGUCGAACUGGCCGUGCUGCGGUCGGCGCGCGAGUUCGGGUGGCAGUUUCGCGUCACGUACCGCGACUCCGGCUGUCAGUCGCCGCUGGCGACGAUGCACGCGGUCAGGGACCACGCUCGCGGCGCGGCGCACGUGUUCGUGGGUCCCGCGUGCGACUACGCGGCCGCUUCGGUGGCGCGCCUGCUCAAGUUCUGGCGCCUGCCCAUGGUCACCGCGGGCGCGCUCGCCUACGACUUUUGGGACAAGGUGCACGAAGGCAGCGAAUACUAUCUCAUGACUCGCGCGGGUCUGUCCUUUUCCGGUCUGUGCCAGGGAUUCCUGGGUCUUUGCCGGCGCUUCGGCUGGCGCCGCAUGCUCAUCCUGUUCGAGUCCGAGGCGCGAAAGGAGUCGCACGGAGACGACUACUGCUUCCUCUGGGCCAAGGCCAUGGCGCAGCUGCUCCGAAACUCCUCGGAUAACUUUGAGUUCGACGGAGUGAAGCUGGACAAGAGGACGCCGCUGAAGCAACAGCUCACCAAGGCGGCUUCAACAAAAUGGUCCAGUGAGUGGAUCUCAUCUCUCUUCUCUUAACACUUACGUUUGUAAGUGCCGAGCGCAUGCCUGUAUCUUAUGAAUACAACCACAUUCUCGUUACCAGCGUUGCAGGUGUGCUUGAGACACUUUCGCUGGUGUUAGUUCAAGUGAGUU